UUCUUCGUGGGAGGAGGGGAUUGUUGCUUAGUGCCACGUUGAUGGAGACAGUGGGGACGUGGAAAUCUGUCUUGAGUCCGCCGCCGGGACCUGCAGCCUCUUCUUGUGUUUGUACAGCCGUUUAAGGGGGAACUGAAGUCCGGAGGAGGCUGUUUGUGUUUGUCAGCCUGUGUAUGAGUGCGUUCAUGUAAGAAGCAGAAUCAGAAGGAUGAAACUCAAAGAGAUCAACCGCACGGCCAUCCAGAGCUGGAGUCCUGCAGAGCACUACCCCAUCUACCUUGCAACAGGAACUUCAGCUCAGCAGCUGGACGCCUCCUUCAGCACUAAUGCCUCCCUGGAGUUCUUCAAGCUGGACCUGACUGAUCAGAGUCUUGAUAUGAAGUCAUGUGGCAGCUUUGCCUCGUCUCACAGAUACCACAAGCUGGUCUGGGGUCCGUACGGGAUGGACUCUGGAGCUCACCCGUCGGGGGUCCUCGUCGCAGGAGGGGAGAACGGUAACGUGAUCCUCUACGACCCGGCAAAGAUCAUGGCCGGGGAGAGCGACGUGAUCAUCACGGAGAGCGACCGGCACACGGGACCCGUGAGGGCGCUAGACAUCAACCCGUUCCAGACGAACCUCUUCGCUUCAGGAGGGAACGAGUCUGAAAUCUACAUCUGGGACAUGAAUAACUUCGGCUCUCCGAUGACACCAGGACCAAAGACUCAGCCUCUGGAGGACAUCAGCUGUGUGGCGUGGAACAGACAGGUCCAGCACAUCCUCGCCUCGGCCAGCCCGAGCGGCCGAGCCUCGGUGUGGGACCUCCGCAAGAACGACCUCAUCAUCAAAGUCAGCGACCACAGCAACAGGAUGCAUUGCUCCGGACUCGCCUGGAACCCUGAAGUGGCCACUCAGCUGGUCUUGGCCUCAGAGGACGAUCGGAUGCCGGUCAUCCAGAUGUGGGAUUUACGCUUUGCUACCUCUCCUCUGAAGAUUUUAGAGAAUCACACACGGGGUGUUCUCUCCAUCGCCUGGAGUUUGGCCGACCCUGAGCUGCUCCUGAGCUGCGGGAAGGACAGCAGGAUCCUCUGCUGGAACCCAAACACAGGAGAGAUCUUGUACGAGCUGCCCACCAGCAGUCAGUGGUGCUUCGACAUCCAGUGGUGCCCGAGGAACCCGGCCGUGCUCUCAGCCGCGGGGUUCGACGGACACAUCGACAUCCACUCCAUCAUGGGAGGGUCCAACCAGGAGCAGAGCCAGAGACAAGCUGACCAUAUCAGUACCUCCUUUGGGAACAUGGAUCCUUUUGGGACGGGACAAACUCUACCCCCGCUGCAGCUGCCUCAAACUGCGGCUCCUCCAGCGACAGUCACCCCCUUAAAGAAACCUCCAAAGUGGAUCCGCAGACCUGUUGGGGCGUCCUUUGCCUUCGGUGGUAAGCUUGUGUCAUUGGAGAACACAAAGCCGAACCCUCAGCAGGUCCAGCAGCCCAGCGCACGCAUCGUCCACGUGAGCCAGGUCGUGACAGAGACAGACUUCUUGGAGCGCUCCGAUCAGCUGCAGGCCACGCUGAGCGCCGGCAGCUUCGUGGACUUCUGCGCGGGGAAGAUUGAAGGAGCUGAGAACGAGUUCGAGAGGACCGUUUGGUCGUUCCUGAAGGCGAAUUUUGAAAGUGACAUCCGCAGCAAAUACCUGGAGCUCCUGGGAUACAACAAAGAGGAGCUCGCCUUAAAGAUUUCUGCAGCACUAGAGGAGAAGCCUGCAGAUCCUCCACAGAUUUUAGCAGCACCAGAGGAAAUCCCUGCCGACCCCAUACAGAUUCUACCAGAACCAGAAGAAGUACCUGCUGACCCCCCACAGGCGGAGCUUCUUCCUCCUCCAGCCGGCCUGCAGACUCUUCCCGACCUCAGCUUCGUGCCUCUCACCGACACUCCUGAAGCAGCCUUCGACAUGAUCGCUGCGGCAAACCUCCAGCCUGCAGCCACACUGGAACUAGACUCCACUCCUGACCCGGGACCUGCAGAACCUUUAGAGACCGAAGAACCUGAAGAGCCAGCAGCAGCAGUAGAAGCAGUAGAAGCAGAAGUAGAAGCAGAAGUAGAAGCAGAGGAUGCUCCUCUGGAAGAUCUGGAUGAAAAUAUGGACCAGGUUCUUCUGGAGGAGGGAGCAGAGGAAGAGGAGGAGAUCGAUUUGGAGGAGGAUAUAGCCUUGGAGGAGGAGGUGGAAGCUCUUGUAGAGGAGUCCAGUCCUGCUGAGAUCCUUGCUCCUGUAGAGGAACCUGCUGAGGUUCUAGCUCCUCCUGCAGAUCUAGACCCAGUUCUCAUCGAAGAACCCACCGAGGCUCCAACUCUAGCAGCAGAUCCAGAUCCAGUUCUCAUCGGGGAAUCCUUUGAGAUUCAAGCGCCACCUGCAGAUCUAAAUCCAGUUCUCAUUGAAGAACCCUUUGAGGUUCAAGCUCCAGCUGCAGAUCCAGAUCCAGUUCUCAUUGAGGAACCCAUCGAGGUCCCUGCUCCAGUUCUGGCUCCAUCUCCUGUUCCUGCUCCGGCUCCUGCUCCGACUCCAGCCCACGAAGGAGGAGUCACUCUGAGCAUCAGUCAAGAUGUGGACGGUCUGAUCACGCAGGCUCUGCUGACCGGAGACUUUGAGGGAGCGGUGGAGCUCUGCCUCCACGACAACCGGAUGGCGGACAGCAUCAUCCUCGCCAUCGCUGGAGGGCCGGAGCUGUUGGAGAAAACACAGAAGAAAUAUUUCUCCAACACACACAGCAAGAUAACCAAGCUGAUCAGUGCAGUGGUGAUGAAAGACUGGCACGACGUUCUGAAGACGUGCGACCUGCAGAACUGGAAGGAGGCUCUCGCUGCGGUCAUGACCUACGCCAAACCUGAGGAGUUCUCUUCUCUGUGUGAUCUCCUCGGGGGCAGACUGGAGGCAGCAGAGACCGCCCCUCUGCAGGCUCAGGCCUGUCUGUGUUACAUCUGUGCCGGGAACGUGGAGAAGCUUGUGUCCUGUUGGACCCGAGCGCAGGGCGGACACAGUCCACUCUCUCUGCAGGAUCUGGUGGAGAAGGUGAUGGUGCUGCGGCGUGCAGUCGAGCUGACGCAGCAAUCCGGUGCCACUGCCAUCGGCCUCCUGAUGGCGGAGAAGAUGAGUCAGUACGCCAGCCUGCUCGCCUCACAGGGAAGUUUGAACACGGCCUUCACCUACCUGCCUGACAACACCAACCAGGUUGCCGUUACACAGCUUCGUGAUCGCCUCAGUCGAGCUCUGGGACACACGGCGGCGCCAGCUCCAGCAGCUCAGGCGGCUCCAGCAGCUCCAGCACAAACCCAGAGAGUUCAGCCGCAGCAGCCCGCACCUUACCGGCACGGAUCAGCCCUCCCACCGCAGCAGCAACCCUUUAUCCCGGCUCAGCAGCAGCAGCAACCCUUCAUCCCGGCUCAACAGCAGCAGCAGCGGCCCUUCAUCCCGGCUCAGCAGCAGCAGCAGCGGCCCUUCAUCCCAGCUCAGCAGCAGCAGCCCUUCAUCCCCACACAGCCCCCCAUGGUGCCUCAGCCCUCUGCGGCUGCUCCAGUACCCACACCGGCACCUCCUGCCUCCGCCCCACCACAGCAGCAGUACUACCAGCCCGUGAGGGCUGCCUCCACUGUCACCUCCUGGAGUAACCAAACUCCCACAGCCCUCCCCAAUGUCCCUCCUCCUACUCUUCAGGCAGAGCAGCAGCAGGUGGAGCCUCCAAACUCUAUGUACGGGAUGCCUCCUUCUGGCUCUGCUGUCGCUCCUCCUCCCUCCUCAACGUACAUGUUCUCCCAUCAGUACCAGCGGUACCCCCAGGUCAGCCAGUACCCUCCUGGAGCUGGGGGGGCUCCUAUCUAUCACCCUCUUCAGUACUCCUCCUCUUCCUCUGCUGCUUCUCCUCCCGCUGAACCUCCCGGCUUCCUCUCUCAGUACACUCAGCAGUCCGCCCCCCCUCAGCCCACUUCUCCGGUCUAUCCCGGUCCACCUUACAGCAGCCAGUGCCUCUCCUCCUCUCCUCCGUCACAUCCUCCUUUCUUUCCGAACACUGCAUCCUCUUCCUCCUCUUCUUCUUCUGCCUCCUCCUUUCCUGCUCCUGCGUCGCGCGGAGCGUCUUUCCAGCAUGGCGGUCCAGGAUCUCCUGUGUCGUACAUGCCUCCUCCUCCACCGUGCGGAGUCUCAGGACCUCAGAACGGCUGGAACGACCCUCCGGCUCUGAGCAGAGCAUCAAAGAAGAAGCAGGUUCCACAGAAUUUCACCCGUCCUGCUCCCAUCAUGGCUCCCAUCAUGGCUCCUCUGGGUGUAGACCCACAGGCCCAGCAGGUCCCCCCCGGACCCCCUCAAGCGAUGGUCCAGGGUGGUCCUCAGGGGGCCCAGGUUCCUUACUCUGGCAUGCAGCAGCAGCAGCAGCAGCAGCAGCAGCUCUCACCUCCUAACAUGAACAUGAACCCCAUGAACCCUGCGAUGCCCAAAACCAGCAUGGAGGGAGCACCAGGAGCGCCGACUGGAGACUUCAUCCAGCCUCUGCAGAAGAUCCCCGCUGAGAAGAUCCUGAAGAAGCCGAUCCCCGAGGAGCACCUGGUCCUGAAGACCACGUUUGAGGGUCUCAUCCAGAAGUGUUUGGCUGCAGCUUCAGACCCGCAAACUAAGAGGAAGCUGGACGAUGCCACCAAGCGGCUGGAAGCGCUGUACGACAAACUAAGAGAGCAGACGCUCUCUCCGGCCAUCGUCGGAGGACUUCACAACAUCGCCAGGAGCAUCGAGUCUAGAUCCUACACCGAGGGCCUCAACAUCCACACACACAUCGUCAGCAGCAGCAACUUCAGCGAGACGUCAGCGUUCAUGCCCGUCCUCAAGGUGGUGCUGACACAAGCCAACAAACUCGGGGUCUGAGCGGACGGGAUGAACUCCUCCGACAGGUGGACGGGGACGGGGACGGGGGUCGGGUCUGAACUCAGUUGGACUGGCUGAUCGAAUGAUGGAGGACUCAGAGAUGUUUGUCGUUCAGAUUCUUCUCUGUGCCAUUCAUGUUUAUUUUUCUGGAGGAACUCGAAAACACAAGCCAUGCUAUCAGUCGCACUCAGUGGUGAAAGUAAAGUCCGAGCCCACGACGAGUAAAGGGCUAGAGACUGAUUCAAGAAACCACCGUCACGCUAACGCCUGUAAAACAUGUAACACUAGUUUUUAAUUCAAAGGGAGUCGUGUGAGGGGUUAAUGAAAUGUGCAAGAAUCAAAAUUUAAUCAAACUAUCAGCCAGUAUUUAUCAGGAGUGGAAACAAGCAGGAGCAGCUUCAAACAGUUCAGCUAAUUAAAGGGCAUUUCUGUCAAGACUAUCAAAAUAAAAGCUGCAUUUCAAAAUAAAAUGAAGAUGAUCAUCAGUUAAAGAAAAGAGGGAUGAAAGGCAUUAAUAGAAGCAUGCUCUCAGCUUCAGUCAUGCACACGAUCAUUUCAUGAGUUACAGUUUUUAAUCUUUAUCAUCUUUAAUGUUCUUGCACUACAGCGGUGCAUUAAUCAAACUUUGUCUACAUGUUUCACCGCCUGUGUUCACUCUGCAACCGACCCUGAAGUGAAGCUACGAGUGAGGAGAGAUAAGAGAGGAUGUUUUCAUUUCUGGAAGCAAGAUGCAGAAUCUGGACAAAUUUAAAACAGGGCAUCUGAUUGGUGGUUUGACUAAAAGUGGAUAAGGUACUCAAACUGUCAUCUAAAGCAGGAUUAAUGCUUGAUGUGCCAGUUGUUUUUUAAUUGCUUAUUAACGCUCAUUUCUGCCAAUGAGAUGAAAAAAAUAAUCUGUGAAGUCGUUAUAAUAAGGAAGUGUCUAUAAAGAAAAAGUACCUUUAAUUAAUUUUUUUUUAAUAAUUCAGUAUCUGAAGAUAAUUAAUUUGUACCCCCCAAAAAAUGACAAUUAUCUUGAAAUACAAGAGAAAUAAUCUGAAGAAAAAUUGAGUUAGUGUUUCCAGAUUAUAAUUAAAAACCUCAAAAAUCAAUCAGGAUCUGGAAAUAAUGUUUAACUUUCACUUUAAUACCUCAAAAUAUUAAGUUAGUUGCUUAAAAAAUCUGAGGAAGUCUUUGAAAAAUCUUUGGCUAUUAUUCCAAAAUGAGAAAUUAUUUCAAAUUUUUAAAAAAGGACAGUAAGAAUUCCUGAAAAUAAUUAUUUUUUUCUGCAAAUAAUGUUUAAUAAUCUCAAGAAUAAUGAGAAAAUACCUUAAAAUAAUUUCUUAUUUUAAAAUAAUGAAGAAAAUUUGACGUUAUUGAGUUAAUUUCUCCAAAUAAUGAAUUUCAAGCGAUGAGAAAUAAGUUAGCAGCUCAAAAUAAUGAGUUAGUUUUGAGCAAUAAUUUGUUUAUAUCUCAAAAUUAUAAAUUUAUUUCAUCACAAAAUGUUUGAACACUAACAUUAGAAGAAGAAUGAUUUAUUUUUGAGAUUUUCUGGAGCUUUGUGACAUUUUUAUGACAGUUUUAUUUUAUUAUAGGGACUUCAAGGAUUUAUUUUUCCUUCAUCAAAUUGGCAGCAACAGGCUUCCGUAUCCGGUUGUCUCUCUUGACUCCUCUGUCUGCUUAUCCCGUCUUACUUUCACCACUGCUGUCACUGCUGUCGCUGCACACAGCACAUCGGACCAAGAUGAUGUCAGAGCGGGACAUGUCGUCGUGCACAGUGCAGUCCCGUCUCUUCAUGUUUCAUGUUUUUAUUUCAUUUGUAGAUUUUGUUCUUUUUCAGUGUAAUCACGCCGCUCAGCAGAGUGCGAUGGACUUUUUAAAAAAACAAGAGGCUGUGCUUUUAUGACAUUUUAAAGUAUGCAUGCUCAAAUAAAUGCUAGCAGUCUUCUGUAUCAGCGUUGGAGGUAAUUACAUGCUAAUUAAUCAGACCUCGGAGAGAGAACUGGAAGGAGACUUGUACUUGAUUUUCAUUCCAACUAUGAUGAGGGCUGCAGUCUGAGUGGUCAACCUCAGUUUAUGUUGUUAAUAAAGGAAAACAAGUCUUUGUUUCAAGAUUGACUACAUGCAAUAUUUUCAAUAAAUAGUAUUUAUUUACA